AGGCUCACUCCCACUAACAGUCCUGCCCACAACUCAGAGGCAAAUUUUCUGAUGAACCACCAACGCUCCCCAGGAAGUACGUAUGUCCUAGAAAACAACAUCCAUUUUCUUUAUUUUCUCUAAAAAUGGCAAACUCAUUAUUAAAGACCAUUUGGGAACGCUAUUAGAAUAGAAUCAAAAGAUGCUCUUAUUUAGAUAUUUAUUUAGAUAUAUAUUGGAUCUUAUGUGGAAGUAAACUCAACCUUGAUUUUAUUCUGUUGACCCAAACAAUGCAUCUCUGUCCUUUUUUUUAUUAACCCAGAAAUGCUAAUUCCACCCCUCCCACAGUCGGCCCCACGCGGUCGGGGCGUGGUCUUCCGGGGGGUGGGUGGGACCACUCGGGACGCCGUUAAGUUUCAAAGUAACAAUGUGCUUUCCCUGAACGGAAGGAAAUAACCUUGGAAAAUAGAAAGACAGCUCUGCCGUGUCCGUGUGAGGUCGUGAGCGCGCGGGUGGAUUUCUCCGUCAGCUCCACAGCCUCACGUUUACGCGCUUCAAUUAGAGAGGAGUAGCUCAGGUAAAUCGAACAGACCUAUUGUGUUCGAGCACCGGGCCGGUCUGCCUCAUCCGAAGCGCCCGCCCACCGGGCUCAGCGGUGCUGGAGAUUGAUUUAGACGCUGAGAUUUACGGUGGAGAGUCAGGAGGCGGCGGCUGCUGCGCUCUCCCAUCACUGGAGGACACCGACCAGGGCUUGCUCCGCUUUGCCUUCGGACUCCAAACCUAUCUGGACUCUCCGACGUUCAGAUUAGAUAGCAAGUCCACAUCAGGUUGUCUGCGUUAUUUUCUUUGAGGAGGUGGCGGUGUGCGGGGCGCCUCCGCAGUCUUGGAUGCGUAGUAAGCAGGGUUGGGUCGCCGUGGCGACUGGCACACGUCGUCAGCCAUAUAAAAAAAGCAGAAAGGUAGAUUGAAGAAGAAGCGACAGGAGACGGGCGGCGCGCGCCAACACACCACCGGACUCCCCAACUCUGGAUUUGACUGGAGAAAACAGCUGUUUCUCCGCCUGGUGAUCGUUCCUCGUCUUCCUCUUCCUCCAGCGCUUGACCACACUUGCCUGACCCUUGCGGACAUCAGCUCCUCGACUGUAGUAGAGGAGGACAUAGCAAGUGGAGCUGCAAGAAACGGCGCACACAAUGGCAACCGGUGCGCUCCUCCUCGCCUGCGCGCUGCUCGCCGGUGUUGCUGAGGCUCAGAGAGUGGUGACGGUGCAGAGUGGACCGCUGGUAAGGACAGAGGGCUCCCAUGUGACCAUCUGGUGCAACGUCACAGGCUAUAAAGAAGGUCUGGAGCAAGAUUUUGAGUGGUCCAUAUACCUCCCAUCGGCGCCGGACCGGGAGAUCCGCAUUGUUAGCACGGCUCAGUCCAACUAUGCCUACGCUGUGUACGCCGCCAGGGUGAACAGCAAAGAGAUCUACGUGGAGAGGCUGAGUCGUGACUCGGCAAUGCUCCACAUCACCAAAGUGCAGGCCAAGGACCAGGGUGUGUUUGAGUGUUACACCCCCAACACUGAUGGGAGGUUCCUUGGGUUCUACAGUGCACGCACCAACCUCACCGUCAUCGCUGACUCUCUGACAGUAACCGCUCCAGCCCAGACUCUUUCCAAAAUCGAGGGGGACACAUUACAGCUCACCUGCGAGGUUUCCCGGACCACCGAGCAGCACACUCACUUGUCGGUGGGUUGGUAUCUGAGGUCUCCAGAGGACGCGGCAGCUCCGCCCCAGGAGCUGGUCACCCUGUCUAGGGACUUUGUUCUUCGCUCUGGAGGACCCUAUCGGCAGAGGAUGGCGGCGGGGGACCUCAGGCUGGAUAAAACCAGCGCCACAGCCUACAGGCUGACCAUCCACAAGCUGCAGCCCAUAGACCAGGGACUGCUCUACUGUCAGGCAGCCGAGUGGAUUCAAGACCCGGACGGAAGCUGGUUCGCCAUGACCCGCAAACAGAGCGAAAAGACCCAGCUGCGCAUCCAGCCCACUGAUCGGGACUUCAGCAUCCAGGUGAGCACGGAGCGACGGUCCUUCACGGCCGGUGAGCCGCUGGAGCUUCGCUGCACCAUUGAGGCGCAGAACGUUCCAGAGCGUUUCUUCUCGGUGUCGUGGGUCUUCAGCAGCUCACCGGUGGCCGUGGUGGGCCCCAGUGCCGUGCCGGUCCUGGGCCCCGAUUACGUUGCCCGAGAGGCCGCUGGUCUCAUGACUGUGCGAAAAGAGAGUCCCAACGUGUACCUGCUGAAGAUGCAACGCCUGAGCCCCGACGACGCCGGGAAGUACAUCUGUCGCGUUACAGAGCGAGAGAAAACGCCCACAGGGGACUUCAUUGACCGCAGCAAGAGGUCCCGCAACGUCCAGAUCACAGUCCAACAAAUCAAGAGCAACAUCUCGAUGUCCCUGUCCAGUAACUCCUCGGAGGUCCUGGAGGGCGACACGAUCCAGCUGACCUGCUCGGUCCACUCCACCAUAGGCACUCUGUCUUUUGUCUGGCAGUGGAUAGAGAAGCAAGCAAGCGGACCGAUCCAAGAAGUGGCCUCUGUGGAUCGGGAAGGCACGAUUCGGCACGGUGCCAUGUACAGGGACCGCGCCAGUUACGGCGAGAUUCGUGUGGAGAAGAUGCGAGGGGACACCUUGACUUUGUCCUUAUACAACGCCCUGCCUGCGGAUGAGGGACAGUACCGCUGCACAGCCACUGAGUGGAUUCAAAUCGGCACUGAGCCAGAUCUAAACUGGGAGAAGAUUGGAGAGAAAACAGCUGCCGAGACGAUCAGCGUGAAAACUGUUGAGUCUUCUUUCAUGCUGUCUGCCUCAUCUCGGACGCCCUCCAUAAGCUAUGGAGAAUCCUUUGACAUCCUGUGUCUGGUCAAACCACGCCACAACCCGCGUGUCCCCACAUCAGUCACCUGGCGCUUCAUGCCCUACAGCGCACAAGAUGAAGGCGAGGAUCAGGGAACGUUCAAGGACCUAGUGACAUUCACCCGUGAAGGCACGCUGCAGUGGGGAGAGCAGCUGAUUGGUCUGGGCACCCGCACCACUGUGGACCGUUCCCACUCCAACACGAACUUCCGGCUGUCUGUAAAGCGUGCGGGGCCUCGCGAGGCGGGAAAGUACCAGUGCACGGCCGUCCUGUGGAGGAAGAACUACGACAACAGCUGGACUGAAGUGGCCAACCGCACCUCCAACCUGCUUGGCAUUAAUGUCAUAAGCCCAGAAAGUCGACUAAAGGUGCAGAAAACCAACCAGUCUCAGGUCUACCUGGAGGACAGCCGCGUCAGGAUUAACUGCUCCAUCACCUUCCGGAGCGACCUGGACACCCAGCAUAGCGUUCUGUGGUACGUGAGACGUGCAGCUGGGUCAGAGGUGGAUGAGCUCCUGCUGGAAAUCGAACGCUCGGGGGCCCUCAAAUAUGGCGACUACGCAGACGAGGAGAGACUGAGACUGCGCGUGCAGGCAGAGAAGCUUUCGCCUCGCCUGUAUGUGCUGACGCUGAACAGGGCGGAGAGCAGCGACUCCGGUAUGUACUACUGCCUGGUGAAGGAGUGGCUGAGAGAUCCAGAGGGAAACUGGGAUCAGCUGUCGCAGGAUUCCUCGGGAUACACCCAGGUUCUGGUCAAACAGCCAGAGGUUCGACUACAGGUGGAAGAAAUGGAGUCGAACAUAACGGUGGAAGAGUCCGGUUCCAUCCGACUGGGCUGCAUCAUUUCCUCCCAGUCGUCUCCAGACUCCAGCUUCUCCGUGUCCUGGUACGUGGAUCGCUCUGAGGACGAGAACUUCGCUGCCCUGCCAGGAGAGGACGAGAGUGACCGCGAGUGCGUGUUUUCCAUCGCCCACGACUUUGUUUUUAAAAAGGAAAACUGCAGCCCCCAAGAAGAGGCGGGGCCGAAUUCCCGCUUGCAGUUUGAGAAAAUGACCCCUGACCAGUACAGCCUGACUAUUCACGGAGCCCGACCAGCAGACGCCGGCAGGUACUACUGCCGCGUGGAGGAGUGGCUGUUCAACCCACGCUACAUAUGGUACCGACUGGCCACCAACAACUCAGGGUUCACCACAGUCAACAUUUUGCAACAAGACUCUACCAUCCAUUCCGUGGUGUGCGCCCAUGACUCCCUCUUCUACUUUGUUUUCUUCUACCCAUUUCCCAUCUUCGCCAUCCUCCUCAUUGCCUUGCUGCUGGUGCGCUUCAAGAACCGAAACAACAACAAAAGCCAGGAGGGCAAGAAUGGCGCUCCCCUCCUAUGGAUAAAAGAACCUCACCUCAGUUACUCCCCCACCUGUCUGGACCCUCCCGUCCUCAGCUUGCACCCAGGCACAGUCGAUUAAGCUGGACGCCACCCCCUCCUCUGCCUCACACACAUCAUGGACUUGGUCAACACCCGGCCAGGAAGCAGAUCUGGACUCCACCGUUGGACCUAAGUGUUGUCUGAUGCCGUGAUGAAUUAUUCGUUUUCAAGUUUCUGCCCUGGCGGCUCUUUGCUUUCUUUGUUUACGGAUAUACAUUUGUGUGAAAGAGAAUGAGAAUGUGCCAUUUCAGCAAAAACUGCAGGACGACUCCCGGUUAAGUUCUCUGAGAAGCCUAACCUCAGAGCUGUGCUUUGAUUUUUUUCUUACUCCAGAUAGUUGUCUAUUUUUUAAAAGGGGGAACAAAACAAAAUCGCGGCUGGCUGAAGAGAUUUCUAUUCGAUUUAAGAUUUGAGCUACGGACGUCUACAAUCAACUGUGGCAUUAGGUGGACGCCGAAAAAGUCUCACAGAGGAGCAGCCAAAGCCUUGUCCACUAUGUUGGUUGCCAUAGCGAUGCGGUGUGCCCACUGACUUGGUUGCCAGGCUGCAUGGAGACAAAAGCGGGGACACACUCGUCUGUGUCCCGAGUGAGGUUGUGUGUUGCCCACCUGCCUUGGCAGACUGAAACAAGUCCUGGUUAGCCACAAAAACACUGCCAGACACUCUGGCCUGAGUGAAAGACUGUCCCGUUCUUCUCUGCCCUCUUUCUUUCCUAAAAGAGAAUUCUGGGGGGACGAAACGAAGGUUCUGGACAUUAUGAAGAGGAAAACGAGCAGCUCUGUCCUGCUGGGUACUUUAUCGUGAGUGAGUUUUCUUUUUGCAGUGCCAAGUCCUUCCACGCUGCCGGUUUCUGAACUUUGUCGGAGAGCGAUGAAUUUAAGGGACAGAUUGUGAAUAUGUCUGCUUUUACCACUUGCUGUGGAUUUAUGAGCCUUGUUGACAGUUAAAUGUUGAGCCAGUUGGUGAAUUACAGUAGAAAUAAUACUAGCACAUUUUUCUAGGUCGCCCAGUAUGGCCGUUCCGUCCCGUCUUUUUGGAAAUAUUUGGUUAUUAUGAAGAAAGACAUUUUAGGGGCCAAAUAAAGACAAAUUAACUGCCCAUUGUGAGAAAAUCUAACAAGGGCAAAUGUUUGAUUUAUGUUUAUUUUAAAAAGUUUUCUAUUUAUUAUUUUAUACUAUUUUGCAUAGCUUUUUAAUGUAUUUUUUUCCUUUCAUUUGAAAUACUCUGCAAACUGUCUCGCUUGCGUUGCUAGGCAACUGCACCAAGCACAUUAUGUCAAUAGCCUGUGUGUGUUGACGGUGUGGUAGAAGUAGAAAUGCAGAUCUGUCCUGCGAACUGCAGUCUGUAGCAUUUCACACCAGGCUGUGAGGUUUGGUCAAUGUCACAACACUGUAUAUUUAUAUAUAUAUUAAAGUUGACUGUGGCUUUAAAUGUACAAUAGUUUAACAAGUAAGUCACAUUAAUUAAUUCACUGAAUGCUUUUUUUUUUAUUUCUUAUGUUUUGCUUGUUUCUUUAGUGAAAUGUGAUGUAAACAUCAAAGUAGGAUGUUGUUGGACAAAGACCUAGUUGGGACUUUAAUGGCAGAUUCCGGCUGAAGCUGCCAAGACACAAAUGAUGCAAAAGGGUUAAAUAAAUAAAAAAAAGUCCAAUCUUCAGCCAGCAGAAGCUGAACCCGUACACUGCCAGACCUGAACAUGGACAGGAAAAAUCCCCCCCCCCCCCCCCAAAAAUUGACAUUGUCGUCUCAGUUGUGUCAACAUGUAUAUUGCAUGACAAUAUCGCUGGAGGGAUUUUAAUGUUUUUGUAAACUUCCAACAGUUUAACUUUGUGUUUCUGUGAGAAAGCCCAAAGUGCAACCCCCACCCCACCCCCCGUACUCCACGCAGCAUCUCCCUGAGCGAGAGUCGGCACGAAGCCCAACCUUCAAUCCACCAACGAGAUGCCCAUCAAAACAUUUCAAGUAGUUCAGUUUGAGAAUGUGAGUUGUGGAGAUUGUGUUUGAAAUUAUUGCUCAUACUCAUCUUUUUAAUGCUUUGCUUUUAUGCAUCACAUCAUUAAACAGAUUCAUUAAAAAAAUG